ACAGCUGUUUACAUUCACAAUAUUUUGAAAUGGAUUUGGAUAAACUUGCUUUUAAUCAACGCCUGCAAAGUCAGAACAUUGUGCAUAUGCUGCAAAAUCGAGAAUCGGGCUACACAUACAAAAUUAGUCAAAGUGCUCCACUAGUAUUUGAGCGCCCGGUGUUUACAGCCGUUACACCUCGACUUACUGUUGGAAUCAUAAUACCACCCGUUUACCUGCGCAAAUUUACACCUGACGGCAGCAAAUUGUUAGCAUUUUCACAUGAUCAGCGUUCAUGCAUAGUGUAUGCUUACAAUGGCAUUGGAGCAGCGGGAGUUGGUAAACUAUUAGACGAGGCCUGCGUAGCCAGUGCCGAAAACCUCAGUGACAAGGAUAUAAAUUUGCCAAGGUCUAAAAUUUUUGAGUGUUUAUUUAAAACCAAGUACGUGCUGCGUCUAUGUCAGGGCAAGCUCUCGCGCUACUAUUUGCAUCGCGAAUUCAGCAUAUUUUUUGAGGAUGGACGCUAUGUACUGCUCGCCGGCAUGUGUGUAGCUUUUGGUUUUACAUUGCCUUUAGCUGACUAUGAGCGCUUUCCGGAUCUAUUUGAUAAACUGGAUCCGUUCUCUUACAUAUUCUUUGUUGUUGAUUUGCAAAAUGGUAUUGUUACCGACGAGGUAGAGUUGCCCCAGGAUGUCAUUUGCCUGUCACAUAAUCACGGUGUCUCCGUCUAUGGGAACACCAUUGUUAUACUGUCUAGAUUGCGGCAAACUAUGUAUAUAUACGAACUAGUUAAUGGACGCCUCGUCAAACAGGAGCAGGAUAUUGGACCACGGCCAAGGGAUUGUGUGUUUAAUCCCACCACGGAUAGAGUAGAAUUUGACGUAAACACCUUGUUACCCAUAACGCAUAUUAAGCAACGCGCAUUAAGUUUUCUGUAUCGCCAAAUACAGCCAGACAGUCCAGACCGCGUUAGCGGUUAUCAGGAGUUUUAUAAAAACUUUGAAUUCAUGGAAAACAUGAUUAUUGAAAAAAUGCAGCUAGUAGACAAUAAUCUGUUACUGCUGAGAUAUGAGAAGCGGCCGUUGGACAUCGAUUUGCCCAUCUCAUUGACGACUGGAGAGCCAACACCGCCACGUCGUCUAUAUGUGUUUUACCGUAUGGAUAGCGAGGAUGUCAUUGGCGUAUAUCAAGAUGAUUCAGUUGAGCUCCUACAAAUUGUGCUCCACUUCUACGACAAACUGUGCAAUGCUCGGUCUCUGCAAACCGGUGAUGCUCCAACAUCGCCCAUACUUUAUCUUAUGCAGCAACAGUACAACAAACCGGUGCCUUUCGUGCGUCAGUCGGCAAUGCGAUUUAAUCCCAGCGUGCCUGUUAGCACACAAAGUUUCUCGACCUCACCGUACCUCAAUUUUAAUGUAUUUAGCUAUGAAGAAAGAUUUGUUUCGCCACUGGAACGGCCAAAGGUCUGCUCCACAGAGCCCAUUGUGUUCAGAGACCGCGAGACAAACCUUGUCAAGUUUCGUCUCAACAUAAAGGCACGCCGAGCACACACCGCCAUGGCUCCACGGGAGCUAUGCGCGUUCAUUUUUCAUCCGUAUGAGCCUCUGGCGAUCAGCAUACAAAAAUGUGUGUCCGUUUAUGCAUACAAGUUGCAUGUUUAUCAUCAUAGCACUGUUGUAGAGCAGUAGUAAUCUGAUAUAUGUUUUAAAUGAUAUUCAGUUUGUUUGUUGUGCUUACACAUUCAUUAUUUUAUUUUUUAUAGAUUGUACAAUG